CGGGGCGGCCUGAGCGCCGCCCCGCGCGACGGCUUCCCAGUGCGCCGGGCGUCUCGCUCGUCUGCUCCGCCGCCACCAGCUGCUGCCCGCGUCCGCGCCCGGCAUGGCUGGCAAAGCGCACAGGCUAAGUGCUGAGGAGAGGGACCAGCUGCUGCCAAACCUGCGGGCUGUGGGGUGGAAUGAGCUGGAAGGCCGGGAUGCCAUCUUCAAGCAGUUCCACUUCAAAGACUUCAAUCGGGCUUUUGGCUUCAUGACAAGAGUGGCUCUUCAGGCUGAGAAAUUGGACCACCAUCCUGAAUGGUUUAACGUGUACAACAAGGAGCAAUCUAGGCUACCAGCCUCGAGUUCCAGUUCCACUAGCACCCCUGCUUCACCUCUCCAACCUGGAAGAACACCACCGCCCUGCUGUGCUGGCCGGAUACAAACAUUUGGGGGGAACAGUCUGAGAGCACAGUACAAAAACAGCAGAAUCACUGUGAGGGUAAAAAAGAAUAUUCGGCUAAGAGGCAAAAGAGCCAAAUGUGAGUCCUCGCCCCGCCUAUUAGCAGUGAAGCCUUGAGGAAACUACGUAACUAGCCAGUGUGUUUCCUCGGCUGCAAUAACACUAACAGCUUCUACGACCUCCCCAGGUUGUCAUGAGGCUCAAAUGCGAUUCUGAUAACACUGAAAACUACAGAGUUCUUCUGUGUAAAUGCAAGGCAUAAAAGUAAUUACUAAAAAUAAGCCAGACACAGAAGGACAAAUACUGCAUGAUCUCACUUAUAUGAGGAAUCUAAAACAAACUCAUAGACGCAAAGAGCAGAACUGUGGUUGCCAGGAGCUGGAGGAUGAGGGCAACAGGGAGAUGUUGGUCAAGGAGUACCAAGUUCCAGUUACACAAGAUGAGUAAGUUCUGGAGCUCUAAUGUAGAGCCACGUGACUAUGCUGAACGAUACUGCACUGUAUAGCUGACAUCUGAGAGAUCUGCAGGGUGGUCUUAAGUAUUCUAACCAUGAAAAAAGAAAAUGGUAACUACGUGAGGUGAUGGAGAUGUUAAAUAGCUUGACUGUGGUGAUUAUUUCACAAUGUAUACAUGUAUCAAAACACCAAGUUGUAUACC